AUGCGUCCCCCAUUCAUCGGCGGACACUUGUACGAAGUAGAAUCAUCCAAUCAUGCUGGUUCCAUAAGAUCUCAUUCCCUUGGAUUUAUGAAUCCAAACCCUGCCAAUUCAGCUGAACCAAAUGAACAGAAAGAGAGGGAAAAAGGUUCACAGAGGGAGAGGGAAGAUGCUGCACAGAGGGAGAGGGCAGAAGUUGCACAGAGGGAGUGGGAACAAGCUGCACUCGCAGCACGUAAUGGUCGAGUGCUCCACCCAUCUCGAAAAAAUGGAGCCAAAUGGUUUGGAAUAGACAUUGAAGUGUCAACGAAAGUUAGAAAAAUCAUUGAAGGGUGUUUCAAAGGACCAUGGUACAGCUGGAAAAGAGUGCCCCAAUUUUAUAAAGCUGCAUGGUAUUCAACGUUCAAGACAAUUUAUGAGUGCGAUGUCUCAGUCGAACAUAUUGUUAAAGCCAACUUUGAUGACCUUGCUGCUACACGUCUCAAAAGAAUGGUUAGCCUUGCAAAAUCCAAAAGAGUAAAACCUGAUUGGAUUUUGACUGAAGAUUGGAGAGUCAUGUUAGAUUAUUGGUGCACACCAAAAGCCAAAGAAAUAAGUGAGAAAGCUCGUUCUGCUCGACUGCUUAAUCAUGAUGGUUACGGCCCACAUCGACACAGAUCAGGUUCACGUUCGUAUGCCAAAGUUCAAGAUGCUCUGAUUCAGAAACGAGUCGAAGGUGUGGAGAAGUUGGUCAAACUCAAUGAGUCAACCUGCUACUCCAUGAACUUCUGCUUCUCCACUUAUUUAAACCUCCUUGCAUGA